GUGGGGGGCUGGGGGGGUCGCGUCCGAAAGCCCUCACGCCGGUCCGGGUGCCACCUCUCCCUGCUCGGGCGCCGCCGCGCGAGCGCUUCCCUUCCCCCUGCGAGCGCCCGGAUAAUGUCUGAGAAUGUCCAUUUCUGGGACGCUUAGCAGCUAUUAUGUCGACUCGAUCAUAAGUCACGAGAGUGAGGACGCGCCUCCAGCCAAGUUUCCUUCCGGCCAGUACGCGAGCCCGCGGCAGCCGGGCCACGCCGAGCACCUGGAGUUCCCCUCGUGCAGCUUCCAGCCCAAAGCGCCGGUGUUCGGCGCCUCCUGGGCGCCGCUGAGCCCGCACGCGUCCGGGAGCCUGCCGUCCGUCUACCACCCCUACAUUCAGCCCCAGGGCGUCCCGCCGGCCGAGAGCAGGUACCUCCGCACCUGGCUGGAGCCCGCGCCGCGCGGCGAAGCGGCCCCGGGGCAGGGCCAGGCGGCCGUGAAGGCGGAGCCGCUGCUGGGCGCGCCUGGGGAGCUGCUCAAGCAGGGCACGCCCGAGUACAGUUUGGAAACUUCGGCGGGCAGGGAGGCCGUCCUGUCUAAUCAAAGACCCGGCUACGGGGACAAUAAAAUUUGCGAAGGAAGCGAGGACAAAGAGAGGCCGGAUCAAACCAACCCCUCCGCCAACUGGCUGCACGCUCGCUCUUCCCGGAAGAAGCGCUGUCCCUACACCAAAUACCAGACGCUGGAGCUAGAGAAGGAGUUUCUGUUCAAUAUGUACCUCACCAGGGACCGUAGACACGAGGUGGCCAGACUCCUCAAUCUGAGUGAGAGACAAGUCAAAAUCUGGUUUCAGAACCGCCGAAUGAAAAUGAAGAAAAUGAAUAAGGAGCAGGGCAAGGAGUAAAGCCCCUUCCCCAGCCCUCCCCAGCUCUUCCCCAUCUCACUCUUAUUUAUGUGAUGGCUGCAGAGCCAGGGCUGUCUGGGACGGAUUCAAGUGAAUGGGGAAGGGGGUCUUUCCCUUCCGAGCCUCCUGCCUGCACCCAGAGUCCCCCCUUCCUCUGCCCCUACCUGUCUCUCUUCUUCCUGGGCGUCAGAAGAAAGUUUCGUUGACUUAGAAGAUAGAAGUAGUUGCUUCCUAAGAAGGUGACAGGCCCCAAGGAAAGAGAAACCCUAGACAGACUCUUAGCAUCGGCCCCUGUAAUUUUUCUGGGUUAGCCCCAGCCCCUCACCCCCGGCUGGCCUGUCUGCUCCCUGCCCCUGCCCAGAAGUCAGCCAGGGACAC